GGCCUCCCUUUUAUUUUUCUUGCGAGAAUGCUGAUGUUUCGCCCUCCAUUUUUCUUCUUGUAUGACUUUUUUUUCUACUCUCAGGCCAAUCACCCGCCGACAUGGAAGGAUCCUCAAGUCAAGUCUUUUGCACAGCGUAAAACUGACGUAGUGGCUUCCGGCGUCCUGAACUCAUUGCUGGACAGACUGAGGGACCGAAUCACAAGCGAGUUUGGUCAGCUGAUGGACGUCGGCACCGAGCUGAAGAAGCUGGCGGGCACCCUCUCCGCCAUCCGCGACGUGCUCGAGGAUGCGGAGGCGCGGCAAGUGCAGGAGAAAGCUCUCAAAGGGUGGCUGCGACGCCUCAAAGACGUGGCCUAUGAUAUCGACGAUCUGCUAGACGAGGGCUUGGCCAAGAACCGGAAGAGGAGUUUAGCUGAUCCGGAAAGCAGUACUGCUAGCUGGAUGAUGGGAACGGUGAGUAACCUGUUAUCUUUGCCUGACUCAUUUAUUUCUCAGUUUAAGAUUGGUAGGGAGAUUAGAGAGAUUAGGGAGAGACUAGAUGAGCUCGCAGAGGAGAGAUCUAAGUUUCAUUUGCAAGAGAGAUCUGUAGUAACAUGCUGUAGGCAAGAGAAUAUUGCAAGAGAAGAAACUAGUUCCUUCGUAAUCGAAUCGGAAGUUUAUGGUCGGGAAGAAGAUAAGAAAAAGAUCAUCGAAUUUCUCCUGGACAGGUCUGGAGGUGAUCUCGGGAUUAUAGCAAUUGUUGGGAUGGGAGGGCUCGGUAAGACGACACUCGCGCAAUUAGUCUAUAAUGAUCGACAAAUAAGCGAUCACUUUGAGAAAAGAAUAUGGGUGUGUGUUUCUGAUGAUUUUGACCAUAAAAGGCUUGUCAGAUCAAUAAUCGAGCAUACAACAGAAAAUGCUUGCGAUCUCACAAGCAUGGCGUCGAUGCAGUCUAAACUAAAACAGGAGCUUGAGAAAAAGAGAUUUUUGCUCGUGCUGGAUGAUGUAUGGAAUGAAAAUUAUGAGAAGUGGGACAAAUUUAGGACUUUGCUAACUAUUGGUGCGACCGAAAGUAAAAUAAUAGUGACCACCCGUAGUAGUAGAGUAGCCUCAGUAAUGGCCACGGUGGAGCCACACUUUUUGAAGACUUUAUCUGAGGAUGAUUGUUGGUUGUUGUUUGAGAGAAGAGCAUUUGGGAUAGGUGCUUGUGAGAAGACCGCAAACUUGGUUACCAUUGGAAAGGAGAUUGUGAAAAAAUGUGGCGGUGUCCCGUUGGCAGCGAAGGUUUUAGGUAGCUUGAUGCGCUCUAAGAGAAGGGAAAAAGAGUGGCUGGCUGUUCGGGAUAAUGAUAGUUGGAAGUUAGAAGAGAAUGGGAUUUUACCAGCUCUAAGGUUGAGUUAUAAUCAUUUGCCAUCGCACUUGAAGCAAUGCUUUGCAUAUUGCUCCAUAUUUCCAAAGGAUACUAUUAUAAUAAUUAAGGACCUGAUCCAACUUUGGAUUGCUGAAGGAUUUGUUCGGUCACUCACCGAGAGUGUGGAAUUGGAAGACGUGGGUUACCAAUAUAUCCAAGAGCUAUUAUCGAGAUCACUUUUCGAGGAACCUAGGCAUGUGAUAGGUGCUGUCGUGAUUCAUGAUCUUGUUCAUGAUCUCGCUCAAUUUGUUUCAGGUGAAGAAUGUUCAAGCAUUGCCAAAGCUGUCAAUAGAAGAGACAUAUAUCCUUCGACACGUUAUUCGUCUUUUAUCUACACAAUAGAGAUAAUACCAUCGGUUCUAGAGAUCCUCAAUGAAGUCAAAAAGUUGAGAACCUUUUACUUCCUCAAAUCACAUCCUUUUGUGCAGAUAGGAAAGGAAGAUAUGAUGCUGAAGAUUCUUCAAACUGUUUUCUCUAGUAUGAAGCUUCUAAGAGCACUUUAUCUUAAAUACUACCCAAUCAAAGAAUUGCCAAAUUCAAUUGGUAAUCUCAGACACCUAAGGUAUCUCAAUUUGUCAUACACAAACCUUGAAGCACUGCCACAAUCAAUUGGUUUUCUGCAAAAUCUGCAUGUUUUGGACAUGCAAGGAUGUCGAUUUUUAAAAGAAUUACCAGACUCCAUUGGUAAUCUCUCCAACAUACUAACACUGAAUCUUGAAUGUUGUACAAGCUUUGUCUCCCUACCAAAUUCCAUUGGCCAUUUAAAGAGUUUGCAAACCUUAAACUUGGCACAUACGAGAAUAAAAAAGUUGCCCGAAAGCUUAUGUUGCCUCUCAAAUCUUCGAUCAAUUAAUAUAAGACACUGUUUCUUUCUACACGAGCUCCCGGAGAACAAAAAGAAUACAAAAAGCCUUACAUGUCUUCACCCAGGUCAUUGCCAUAAAUUAACGCGCAUGCCCGCUGGACUUACACAGCCAAGCUACUUUCGAGAACUACUGCUCUUUGAUCUUUGCGAGAAGAGCGAGUGCGGCCUCAAGGAGCUCAACAGACUUAAUCUUGAAGGCAUCCUAUUGAUUACUAGCCUAGAAAAUGUGAAGAAUGUCCAGCAGGCUAGAGAGGCUAACUUAAUUGAAAUGGAUGGUCUUCACUCACUAGGGUUGGCAUGGGACCUGGAUACUUAUAAGAAACAGAUGGAAGCCUAUGUGCGCACUGACGUAGAAGGAAGAAGCAGGCAAGGUCUGAUCAGUGCACUUGCGGUAGCCGAAGAAGUCCUCGAUGGCCUCCAACCGCAUGAAAAUUUGACCCUAUUGGCGAUAUAUCGCUACCCGGGCAAAACUUUUCCGAAAUGGUUGGAGUCAAGUCUUCCAAAUCUUCUUGAGCUUUACUUAUCUUUUUGUUUCAGAUGUGAGACCCUCCCAAAAAUAAGUCAGUUGCAUAACCUUGAGAUCCUUUCUCUCGAGAAGCUUCCCGCCAUCAAGUCUCUUCCAUCGCUGGGGCAGUUGCCUGCUCUUAAAGUCUUACAUCUCGUUGCUCUCCUAGCAGUCAAGAGCCUGGGCUCAGAGUUCUACGGUGCAGGCGAUGGUGCUUUCCCAGUAUUGGAGAACUUGAGUCUAGAACACAUGCCUGAGUUGGAGGAGUGGUGUGAAGCAUCAGCUGGGCGGCGAUCUUUCCCUCGUCUGUCGGAGUUGAGGCUACUAGAUUGUCGAAAAUUGAAAGAACUACCCUCGUCUUUUCCAUCCGUAGAGCGACUGUAUUUGUGUGCUAAUAGUAAGCUGCUGCUAUCUUCUCUCCCUCAUGGCGCAUUUCCAAAUCUCAAGAUUGUGCACUUGGCAAAUUCCUAUGAUCUUGCUCGACCAUUUGUUCCACGAAUUCUCGCGAAGCACUUAACAUCCGUAAAAUGUCGAGACUUCUAUUGGUGGAAUCCUAUGCAUGAUGAUGAUCUAGACUUCAUCAGAUGCAUUGCGGAACUCCUAUAUGCGGAAGGAGCGAGCUUCGCAGAGCCCACGGAGAAUGUCACCGGUCUUUGGAAGUGGGCAAACAAUCUUGGUGAGGAUGGGAAGAGCACUAAACGCACAACCCUUUUGGCUGCUACGUGGUGGGUGGCCUGGACCGACCAGAAUAAUCUUAUAUUCAACGACAUAUCACCCGACCCUUCCCGCUCACUGGAACGGGUCAAUCGUCUGAUCACUGCGUGGAACGAGCUUUCUGGCUUCCACCAUCAUUUAAUUAGAUUCCAUUGCAGCAAAGCAUCAGAGGAAGCACUCAGAGAAGAGAAAUUGCUAGCAGCAAUGGCGGACAUAGUGAGCUCCAGCCUCCUGAGGCUGGUGUUUAACAAGCUGGGAGCGCAGAUCACAAAGGAGUUCGGGCUAGUGAUGGGCGUCGAGAAAGAGCUGACCAAGCUGGAGACAACCCUCGCCGCGAUCCGCCACGUGCUCGCGGACGCGGAGGCUUGGCAGUCGCAGGAGCGAGCGCUCGCCGGGUCGCUGAGGAGGCUCAAGGACGCCGCAUUCGACGCCGACGACGUGCUCGACGAGGUCGCCGCCGAAGCUCUCAGAAGGACAUCCCGCGGCACGAAGGCAGUGCUCGGUAAGCUGUCUUCCCUCCCCAGCUCUAUCAUGUUUCAGUCUAGAAUAGCCAGGAAGGUUAAAAAAAUUGGGGAGAGGUUAGACGAGAUCGCGGACGAGAGAUCGAAGUUUCAUUUGCGCGAGGGACUGGUACAUGAUUGUAAGAUAGAGAAUUCGGCGAGAGCGGAAACCGGGUCUUUCGUAGUCGAAUCGGAGGUUUACGGUAGAGAGGAGGAUAAAGAAAUGAUAGUUGAGUUUCUGCUGGACAUGUCUAGUGAGGUUGAUCCUGGGGUUAUUGGGAUUGUCGGGUUGGGAGGGCUCGGUAAGACGACCCUCGCGCAGUUAGUGUAUAAUGAUCGAAGGGUGCACGGCCAUUUCGAGGAGAUGAUAUGGGUUUGUGUCUCUGAUGAUUUUGACUCUAGACGGCUUAUUAGAUCGAUCGUGGAAUCUGUGACCGGAGCGAAGUUUGAUCUCACGAGCAUGGAGCCGAUGCAACGUUCGCUUAUGGAAAGGCUGGAGGGAAGGAGAUUCUUGCUCGUGCUCGAUGAUGUUUGGAAUGAGAAUUCCGAGAAGUGGGAUAGAUUGAGGACUUUGCUGACCGCCGGUGGCAGGGGAAGUAAGGUCGUAGUGACCACUCAGAACGUAAGAGUUGCCUCUUUGAUGGGCACGGUUGAGCCUCACAUUUUGCGCGGUCUAUCAGAGGAUGAUUGCUGGUUGUUGUUUGAGCGGAGAGCAUUCGGGUUGGGUGCCGGUGCGAAGACAGGAAACUUGGUAACCAUCGGAAAAUGGAUUGUGAAGAAAGCCGGCGGUGUUCCCUUGGCAGCAAAGGCUUUGGGUAGUUUGAUGCGAUUCAAGAGGAGGGAAAGUGAGUGGUUGGCAAUUAGGGACAAUGAUAUCUGGAACUUACCUGAUGAAGAGAAUGAAAUUUUGCCGGCCCUAAGGUUGAGUUAUAAUCAUUUGCCGCCACGUUUGAAACAAUGUUUUGCAUAUUGCUCCAUAUUUGCAAAGGAUAAUUCUAUAGAUAUCGACAAAUUAAUCCAACUUUGGAUUGCAGAAGGCUUCGUUCAGUCAUUAGAUAGGCGAGCAGAAUUGACUGAUAUUGGUUUGCGCUAUGUGGAUGAGUUAUUAUCAAGAUCUCUCUUUGAGAGUUAUAGGAGAGGCUCAGAUGGUGAAGUAUUAAGUAUCAAAAUGCAUGACCUAGUUCACGAUCUUGCACAGUCCGUUGCCGGGGAAGAGUGCUCGAUUGUUGACCCUAGUGGUACCAAAAGAGACAUUGCUUCAACCACACGUUAUUCAUCAUUUCUCUGCAAAAACGAGCCAAUAUCGUCGAUUCUAGAAGUUUUGAAUAAGGCAAACAAGUUGCGAACCUUAUAUUUAGUUGCACCACAUAGCAGGUUAAUGCGCCUAAACAAAAAUGAGGACGACUACAAUAAGAUUCUCGAGGUUCUUCAAAUUAUAUUCUCUAACAUGAAGCUUCUAAGAUCACUUCAUCUUGCCCACUACCCCAUGAAAAAACUUCCAGUUUCGGUUAAAAAUCUUCGGCAUCUAAGGUACCUUAAUCUGUCAUUGACAAGCCUUAAAAACCUUCCACCAUCAAUUGGCCUCCUUCAGAAUCUGCAGAUCUUGAACCUAGCAAGUUGUCGAAGUCUACAAGCAUUGCCAGAAACCGUUGGUGACCUCUUCAAUCUCUAUAAAUUGGACCUUAGUGGCUGUUCGCGCCUUCUUUCUUUACCAUCCUCAAUCGGCCGUCUUAGAAGUUUGCAAAACUUAGACCUCUCCAUUUCUGGCAUCCAAAAGUUGCCCGAAUCCGUUAGCUGCCUCUCAGAUCUUCGAUCAUUGGGACUUAGACACUGUUGCUUUGUACGCAAACUUCCGGAAAACAUGAAAAACAUGGCAAGCCUUGUACAUCUAGACAUAUAUGCUUGCUAUGAACUGACAUGUAUGCCUUCAGGGAUAGGACAAUUGAGUUGCCUUCGAACACUACCGAUCUUUGUGGCUGGUGGAAGGAACAAGUGCAGCCUUGGAGAGCUCAACCGACUCAAUCUUAAAGGCCGAUUAGAUAUAAGAAAGCUGGAAAAUGUGAAAAAUGCAGAAGAGGCGAAGGAGGCUAACUUGAUCGGAAAGCAGAAUCUUCAAUCACUGCAUUUGUCAUGGGAUCUGAAUGCUUACAAAAAGAUAAUAGAUGAAUGUGCAAGUAACAACAAUGAUGAAGAAAGCAUGCACAAAAUCAUGGAAGCAUUUCUGGCACAAGAGUGGGAUACCGACAGUGAGUUGGCCGAGAAAAUUCUUGAGGGCCUCCAACCACACCAAAAUUUGACCGUAUUGGAGAUUGAAGGCUUCUUGGGAAAUACGUUUCCAAGAUGGCUGUUGGAGUCGACACUUCCUAAUCUUGUAGAGCUUAAAUUGGGAACCUUUGUUAGAUCUGAGACUCUUCCUGAACUCAUCCAGCUGCAUCACCUUAAGAUCCUUGAUUUAGACAAUCUUCUUGCUAUCAAGCGUCUUCCGCCCCUUGGGCAGUGUCCUUCUCUUAAGGUCCUGAGUCUAUCUUGUCUUCCUGAGGUUGAGUGCUUGGGCUCAGAGUUUUAUGGCGGGAAAGGUGCGUUCUUGGCUUUGGAGAAAUUGACACUAUCAUGCAUGUCUAAGCUGGAGGAGUGGUUUGGAUUUGCGGGGCAAGAAUUCUUUCCUCUUCUCUCGGACCUGAGGAUAGAAUCAUGCCCAAAACUGAGAGCAUUGCCGUCAGAUUUCCCAUCAGUUAAAGAGCUUUCAAUGUGUUGCGAUGACCAGCUGCUUCUUUCUGCCUUCGAGAGCGGAGCAUUUCCGAACCUUGAUGGUCUAGAUAUAGGAAACUGCACUAGUCUCUCCAAAUCAUCUCUACCUCAGGUGCUUAUCGAGCAUCUCAGAUCUAAUCCUGGAAUAUCACUUAGAAUGUCAGCUUCACGUCUUCAACGGGUUGUAUAGAUCAUCUGAAGAGCUAGCUCGAGUAUCUCACAAUGAUGCACUAAUGUGGUUCAAAUUUUUGUAACUGGGGGUUCAAUUUGGGGGAUCAAUUAUUGCUGCGGGCCUACUCAGCCCCAACAAUUAUAAUUUAUACUUGUUUUACAUGUAAUUCUUAUUACAUUCAAUGAAAUGUAUAGGAAAUACCCUAUACAUUCCUUUCAAAAAACAAUGACGACGAGGAAAUCCAGUUUGUCGGCAAUUUCAUUUCUGAGUUUGUGAACAAUAUGCAUGACUAUGCUGAACUUGACGGGAAAUCCAGCAUCAUUUUGUCUAGUAAGUUUGCAAUAACAAAGCAGCAAAAAGACAGAAGAAGAGCUGAUGCUUUUUGCAGAUCUUAAUCUCUCUUUCUGUUAGAUGUUAUUCGAAAUUGAUAAUCGACUUCGGUUCAAAUUUUGACUCGUCGACAGUUUCGCGGUGUGACCAAAUUGGAAAGUAAAAUUGUGAAGGAAAAAAUAAAUGUUUGUGGUGGAUAGCAGAGGGCUCGGGCCAACAUGCCCCGUUAAGAGUUUUCUUUUCGUUUUUGCCCUAGAGGCGACCGAUUGAAGUUGGUUGUACUCUCCGAACAUUGUAUUCCCCUUUUUUGUUCGAUAGUGAAGUUCUCUCCUCACU